CUUAUCAAAUUCAAUUACCAAAGUUCAAGCUUUCAUUUUCAAUUUUCAUUCCUGAAUUAAAAUUGUUUCUGAUAGCUUACAAAAUGUCUGUUUUUAUGAAUAUUGUUCGCCGAAUUAAUGUUCCUAAUGUAUGGAAUAGUGCCCCUGCAUUGCAUUAUCAUGAAAAGGUAAUCGAUCACUAUGAAAAUCCGAGGAACGUUGGCUCGCUGGAUAAGAGUGACAAACAAGUCGGCACAGGGCUCGUCGGUGCUCCUGCAUGUGGAGAUGUGAUGAAAUUGCAGAUAAAAGUUGACGACGAAGGACGGAUUAUCGAUGCGAAAUUCAAAACUUUCGGUUGCGGGUCUGCUAUAGCGUCCAGUUCUCUUGCUACCGAAUGGGUGAAAGGAAAAACGGUAGACGAGGCGCUUGAGUUGAAAAAUACAGAUAUUGCGAAAGAACUUUGUUUACCACCAGUAAAAUUGCACUGUUCUAUGCUCGCCGAAGAUGCCAUAAAAGCAGCGUUAUCGGAUUAUAGAAUAAAACAACAGUCUUCUCAAAAAUCAGAAUGUGCAAAGAACGACGGUGAGAAGAGUGAUUAAAGUUACCAUUUUAAUAUUGCGUAUUAUUCUACCACAAAUGCUGAAAAUAUCGCUGUUGAAGCUACACCGUUGAUAUGAUAAAAGUAUUAUAUUUUUCCCAUGUUUUUCGAGUAAGAAAAUUUAAUUUAAUUUCGCUCUUAUAAUUUCUGUAGUCAUCGUGAUUGUGAUUAUUCAGUUCAGCGAAACUGAUCGGUUCGGGGCGAGCGUUUUGCUCGAGAAUAGAUAGUUUGUCGCGUUUAUUUGUAAAUAUGGAAUAAAUUGUAUUAAUUGUUA